AAUACAUUUUUUUUUGUUGAAUUUAGGAUUUCGAGCACACUGAUGUUAAAACAUGGAUGCAAGAGAAUUGGCGAGCAGUUUGUGCUUACGCGAGUAGUAUUUAUAUGCUUCUUAUAUUCGGAGGACAGGCUUAUAUGGCAAACAGGCCUGGAUUUGAGCUACGUGGCCUGCUAACUGCUUGGAAUAUAAUGCUUGCAGUUUUCAGUAUUAUGGGAGCAUCAAGGAAUGUACAUUUGUAUUUGAUGUUUGUACAAAACCGCGUAUGUGGUUUCUGGACCUGGAUGUUUGUUCUCUCGAAGGUCCCGGAACUGGGUGACACAGUGUUUAUUGUAUUCAGAAAACAACAGCUGAUAUUCUUGCAUUGGUAUCACCAUGUAACUGUACUGUUGUAUGCCUGGUACAGCUACACUGAGUACACUGCUCCAGCCCGUUGGUUCAUUGUCAUGAACUAUAUUGUACACUCAAUCAUGUACAGUUACUACGCAUGCAAGGCUCUUAGGGUUCGGGUUCCUCGUUGUAUUGCUAUGCUGAUUACUAGUCUUCAACUUCUACAGAUGGUCAUUGGGUGUACAGUUAACUUCCUGGCCUUCCAGUAUAAACAGAACGGAGUUGAAUGUGGAGUGAGUGAUAAUAACUUGAAACUGUCUCUGAUUAUGUACACAAGCUACUUUGUACUCUUUGCCAGGUUCUUCUAUAAUGCUUAUUUGAUCAAAUCUCAGCGGAAAGAAUUAAAAACAGAAUCCGUAGAUGCCCAAAACAAUAUAAGAGAACGCAAGGAUCAGUAGAUCAUAUCUUAAACGUCAUCCCUCAAAUUUGCAGGCCUUGCUACAAUCAAAACCUUUAAGGAGGCUUUUUCAUGGAAAAUCUGUGUUAACAACUGAGAAAAAAUCUGCGAACACAACUAACAGGAAAAUCUGGAAAACAGCUGAUAGGAAAAUCUGGAAAACAGCUGAUAGGAAAAUCCGGAAAACAGCUGAUAGGAAAAUCUGGAAAACAGCUGAUAGGAAAAUCUGCACAACAGCUGAUAGGAAAAUCUGGAAAACAGCUGACUGGGCAGAGAAAAUUGCUGACAAAGCUUACAGGCUGCUUGAUAUAAAUACUGAAAACUGUUUAUUAGAUUAAGUCCUUGUAUUUUAAGAUUAAGUCCUUGUAUUCUAAGAUUAAGUCCUUAAAAUCCAAGAUUAAGUCCUCGGCUUCCAAGAUGAAUUCCUUGUUUUCCAAGAUUAAGUUUUUGUUUUCCAAGAUUAAUUCCUUGUAUUCCAAGAUUAAGUCUUGUAUUCCAAGAUUAAGUACUUGUAUUCCAAGAUUAAGUCCUUGUAUUCCGAGAUUCAGUCCUUGCAUUCCAAGAUUAAGUCCUUGCAUUCCAAGAUUAAGUCCUUAUAUUCCAAGAUUAAGUCAUGUAUUCCAAGAUUAAGUACUUGUUUUCUAAGAUUCAGUCCUCGUAUUCCAAGAUUAAGUCCUUGAAUUCCAAAAGUCAGUCCUUUUAUUCCAAGAUUAAGUCCUUGUAUUCAAAGACUAAGUUAUUGUAUUCAAAGAUUAAGUCCUCGUAUUCCAAGAUUAAGUCCUUGUAUUCCAAAACUCCCAAAGUGAUGUUUGUAGGUAAACAUAAAACAUGGGAUUUUAGGCCUGGUUCUCGUAGUUGAAUAUUAGCUGAUAUGUACAGAACGCGUAGAGCUUCUAAUAUCCAUGUAAAAUGCACAUCGUACAGUACGUAAACCCUGCAAAGAUAAUUUAAGUAUUUAGUUUUUUUUUAACAAUUAAAAACUUAUCUACAAUUAAACAUUUAAAGUCUUUGCGCACAAUACAAAUUC